AUGAACAAAGUUUUGAAAUCUCAUAAACACAACAUCUCCGAUAUAAAUGAACUUCAAGCUACAUUAAAUAGUAAAGCCGACAAGAACCAUACACAUGAAUCCUUCACUACUGUUAGAGCAGACGACAUAAUAUUGAACUAUACCCUUAGUUCAAGUGCACCUUUAGAGAAUCCAAGUACAAGCGUAAAAGAUACACUAAACUCCUUAAAUAGUAAAUGUAUGAACAUUGAAGGUCAUGUCAGAAACUUUGAAACAUAUAAACUACCAGCAAUGUUAGUUAAAAAAGCAGAUAAAGAACAUACGCAUAACUCCUUCUCAACUGUUGCUAUAGAAAGUAUUGAAGGAACGGUUGGCGGAACUGGUGGGGAUGCAUUAUAUUAUAAACCUCCUAACUUUCCACAAGGUUUAACAUCGAAUGAAAACAUAACAACGAAGAAAGAAAUUAGCUGUAAAAAUGUUUAUGUCAUGGAUGAUGAAAAUAAUGUUAAAUUCACUGCUCAAGAUUUAUAUGAUAAGAAAGCAGACAAAACAGAGCUUCAAACAUUAAAGACUGAAAUACUUCAAACAUUAUAUCCUAUAGGCUCUAUUUAUACGUCAAUGAAUUCAACAAAUCCGGCAAGUGUUUUAGGUUUUGGUACGUGGAAGCAGAUUGUAGAUAAAUUCUUAUACUGUGCUAAAUAUUCAAAGCAAACAGGAGGUUCGAAGAAAAUUAAAAAAGCAAACCUUCCACCGCACACUCAUACAGGAACUACAAACACAACAGGUAAUCAUUCACAUUCAAUAACAAAAAGAGGUUAUACAAAUCUUGCAGCAGGUUCGGAUAGACAGGGAAUGCAUAGAUAUGAUAUUUCAAGUGACCCAGUAGAUUCAAGCGCAGGUAUUUUCUGUGGAACCACAGGAAAUCAUUCACACACUUUCACAACAAAUCCAACAGGCUCGGGUGCAGAUUAUAUGCCACCAUUUGUGACUGUAUUCGCAUGGUACCGCGUUCAAUGA